CCGAGGAGGGAAGGGGUGCGCGCUCCCGGCCUGGCGCGUCCGCGUCCCCUUCCUUUUGACAACUGCCUGGGCUACCAUGGCGCUGCGGGGUGUCUACGUGGUGGAGCUGGCGGGCCUGGCCCCAGGCCCAUUCUGCGGUAUGGUCCUGGCGGACUUCGGGGCGCAGGUGGUGCGUGUGGACCGGCCCGGCGCCCCCAGCGACGUGGCCCACUUGUCCCGCGGAAAGCGCUCGCUGGCCGUGGACCUGAAGCAGCCGCGGGGAGUGGCCGUGGUGCGGCGCCUGUGCGCCCGGGCGGACGUGGUGCUGGAGCCCUUCCGCCACGGUGUCAUGGAGAAACUCCAGCUCGGCCCAGAGAUUCUGCGGAAGGAGAACCCAAAGCUCAUCUAUGCCAGGCUGACUGGGUUUGGCCAGUCAGGACGGCUCUCCAAGGUAGCAGGCCAUGACAUCAACUUUUUGGCUUUGUCGGGUGUUCUGUCAAAACUGGGCAGAAGUGGUGAGAACCCGUAUGCUCCACUGAACCUCCUGGCCGACUUCGGGGGCGGCGGCCUCAUGUGUGCCCUGGGCAUCGUGAUGGCUCUUUUUGAACGCACACGCUCGGGCAAAGGGCAGGUCAUCGAUGCGAGCAUGGUGGAAGGAGCAGCAUAUCUCAGUUCUUUCCUGUGGAAGACCAGUAAAACAGGACUGUGGCAGCAACCCCGAGGAGAGAACAUUCUAGACGGCGGAGCACCCUUCUAUGGGACUUACCGGACGGCGGAUGGGGGGUUCAUGGCUGUCGGAGCCAUAGAGCCCCAGUUCUAUGAGCUGCUGAUCAAAGGACUUGGGCUAAAGUCUGAUGAACUUCCUAAUCAGAUGAGCAUGACUGAUUGGCCAGAAAUGAAGAGGAAAUUUGCAGAUAUAUUUGCAAAGAAGACAAAGGCAGAGUGGUGUCAGAUCUUCGAUGGUACCGACGCGUGCGUGACUCCGGUUCUGACCUGUGAAGAGGCUCCCCAUCUGGACCAUAACCAGGAGCGGGGCUCCUUUAUCGCUGAUGUGGAGCAGGGUGUGAGUCCCCGCCCCGCACCUGUGCUGUCGCACACCCCAGCCACCCCUUCUUUGGGAAGGGGUCCUUUGGUGGGAGAACAUACUGAAGAGAUACUUACAGAAUUUGGGUUCAGCCAGGAAGAGAUGGAUCAGCUCUACUCAGAUAAAAUUAUCCAAAGCAGUAAGCCGAGAGCUAAUCUGUAAAGCCCAGGCCCCUCAGCUCAGUGAGUUUGAGUAUCGCAUUUACAGUGUGGAAGGAUUCAUGCAGUGUAUGCAUGGAAACAAGGAAGAGCAGAAUCACAGAAUUCUGACUCUCCUAAUCCAGAAACAAGAAAUAAGAAACCAAUAACAAUCACUCAGCUUCCGAAAAUGGUUAACAUUAGGGCUUUUGAUUUAGGAGUGUUUUUAGUUUACCUAUACUAAAUUGCAGCAAUUUUUCUAUCUUCCAUUUGCUUGAGAUUAUAUUUGUUGAUAUUAAAAAAUACUCAGAUACUUAUAAUAUAGUUUAAAUGAAUUAAUAUAAUGCUAUUUAUUAAAUAAAGCUUCCCCUACCCAAGGUUUACUUGUGAGCUUUUAAGUCUGAAAAGCUUUUGAGAAAGUCCUGAAAGUAGCAGUUAGAUAGUAUUUUGUGACUCGUUGAAAUAUUUUUGGCUCUCCUGUUUACCAAAAUGAAGGACCUUAGGUAGAAAAGCCUGAUCCUUUUAAUUUGACCAAGGAAAUUUCUCAGCCAGUGUCUCUGAAUUAGAAGUUUAGUGUUGGGGGCUCCACCCGCAGGGCCCCUCCAGCCCCCAUGGAUGAGAGUCUACCAAGACAUGAUCUGCUUGGGGAGGAAGGGUGACGGAUCUCUUAAAGGAGAAGGGCCAAGAGCCUUUGCCUCGGAGGGCUUUUACUGGGUUCAUUUUUCACAGGAAUACAGGUAAAGCUCAUCAAUCAUUGUCAGGCAGUAAGGAUCAAACAAUAGAUGACACACUUGCUUGGACCCUUAUUCAAUUGAGAACAUUCUAAACAAAGCAGGUUUCACAGGAUUUUACAUAUUCUAACUCGCCCUUUCCAGCACAGGGCUGUACCCACCACCAGCAUUGUUUCAGGCUUAAGUCAGGCAGGGGCAGUAAGGCAGCCAAGAGAUUAGGAGACUUCUUGCAGACAGAAUGAACACUCAGGCUAUGUCAUAGCUGAGGGGCGAGGGUCCAUCACCCCCUUUUGCUAUAGUCCCCCAAGUCCUUCCCCGGGGCCUCCACAUGAUCAUGCCUGUCUUAGGUCGUUCCCCCCUUGGGGAAUCUUACUCGUCAUUGGCUAACCAACCAAGCAUUGGGGGCUAAUUAUGGAUGAAGAAAAAGGAGCAGAAGCGGCACUCCUGCCAGGGAGAUAAGCCUCAUCUCCUUAGUGGCUUACAGUCUGAAGGUUGCGUUCUCAACCUUAGCCAUGGGGGGAUUACAGCUUCUGAAACCAGGCAGGGGGGUUCCCAAAAGUUUAGAAAAUGCCCCUGAAACUUCCUGCAGAUAACUCCCACCUCUCGAACAGAGCCCUCUGUAUAGAGAGCCCGAUUCCUCUGUGCAGCUGUUGGUUAGCGUCACCCAGGUGUGCUUCGUGUCCCGUGAACUGCGCCGUCAUCCACUCAAUAGGCCUCGUACACUCUUCCUACAGUUUCCAGUUUCCAUUCCCCUCCUGUCUCCCUCUGCCCCCAGCAGGCCCUCGGCUUACACCUCACUUCACUUAGGCCGCUGGCCCAAUGUCACCUUAUGGGGAGUCCUUUCCUGACCCCGGUCUGAAAUAGCAGCCACCUUAUCACUUGCUGUCACCAGUUUUACUUCUCUUCACACCGCAUAUCACCACUGACACACUAACCGCAGCCCUCAUCCCCUGUGAACCGACGCGUGCCAGAGUGUGGAAGCUGUGUAACGGACUCUAGGCUUCGCCGCUCAAUCCCCAGUUCCCAGAGUUGUGCCAAGCCCUUAGUGAACAAUGCGUGAAUUCAAAGGAAUGGAACUCAGCAGUGAUGCUUUCUCGGUUCCACCUCCCGAGCUGAGUUUUUUUCAGUGAUUAUGUUUUAUCACUGUCACUUAGAAGUGCCUGUGCGUGGUGAUAUUAAAAAGCUGGCUGGAGUUUGGUUGACUUGCAUUAUAUUUAAAUUUUCUGUAGAUGCAUUAAAUGAACAAGGUGCAGA